AUGAAGAUUGAGAAAGAAAGACUAGAGAAGCAGGAGCAGGAGAGAAAAAUGCAAGAGGAACUGGAAAGAAGGCAGGCAGACCAACUCAAAGAAAAGCAAAGACUAGAGGACGAGAGAGAAACAAAGCAAUCUGGGUUGAACAACAUGCAAGAGGAGAGUUUGGUGCGCAGAUCAAAGCCUCAUCUAAACUAUUUUGAAUCUGAAGAUUGGCCUCAGGAGUCAAAAUCACCACAUUCCCCCUCACCAAACACCUCUGGGCCCACAGAGAAUCUGAUGGAUGUGGUUUAUGAUGACUUCUCGGUCAAACAGAAUCUGAUCAACAUAGAAUUUGAUGAUUUUUCAGUCAAACCGAUAAAAGUGAUCUCACGGCGUAAAACAGAAAGCAGUCCAGUUUUCCGUAGUUGGGAUGACUUUCUGGAUAUAGAGGAAGUGAAGGGACUGGUGCCUGUGGACGUCAAAACUGAGAGAGCCAAGGAAGACGAAAUGGAAAAACCAGAGCAGUGUCCGAAUACACCUCCUUUGCAGGAGAGAGAAUGGGUGGAGGAGAUAAAAGAUGAGCCAGAAGAGGAGCAGCUCAUCUCUCUAAACAUGAAGAAAGAGGAGAAGCUCAUCUCUGUAGAUGUAAAGAAAGAGGAGCAGCUCAUCUCUCUAGAUGUGGAGGAGGAGGAAGAGGAGAAGGAGACAGAAACCGAGGAUGAGGACGAGAUGGAAGAAGACAACCAAGAGGAUCAGACCAACAGUUUCUCCACAAAAAAUGAAGACAAGGACACCGAUGCUUUGAUAGACUUUGGCCUUAAUCAUGACCAGCAGGAUCCAGUCUGGGAACAAACACCUGAAAGAAACAGUCCACAGCCAGUCCCUGACGAAGUACCUGAAGUCUCAUCUGAAGACACCGCCGAUGAUCUGAAAGAGCCAGAGUUUGCCCCUUUUCCCGAGAGCUCCACUCCUCUCCUUGACACCAGUGCACAAAGAUCCAAGGCGGAUCUGGGAAAGAGGCGUAUUCGAACACGUCCGUCACGCAGGCUGACCGCAGGGUUAGCUCAGACGGAAACACAGGAUUGGGGGACCCAGGACUCCACAGUUGAAAAAGAGACAGUUGCAAAAGAAAGGGAGUCAGAUUCUGAGGAAGAACAGCCUAAACCCAAGGUAGUCUGUUCCCCGUCCCAGCGAGUGCCAGUGUUUCCUGGUAUGAGUCCUGCAGGCUUGCUUGCUCAACUUAAAAGGAAAACAGGUGGUGGAGGAACUGCAGUGAAAGAGGAAACCGUAGAAAGCAAAGCUAGCGAAGAGAAGGAACAUCAAGAUGAAGAAGUGGCACCAUCUUCCGUGGAGCUCUCACAUUCUCCUCGCACGCCUGCCCGUCUGGCUGGAGCUACACGGGUGCUGCCACUCAUAGGCAACAAAGAAGAAGGUGGUGCCUCCUCGCCUGCUUGGCUGAAAGAGCUGAAAUCUAAGAAGCGUAUGAGUCAGCACGGCAGUGACGCUUAGCCAGACUGAGGAAACACCGUGCCAUUGCCAUUGAGCUCAGCUGCUGCUGCCGGCAGACAUGACCGCUCCAUCGUGUGCCCAGAGUGCCUUAUUUUGUACCUUCACUGGGAUGUUCACUUUUGCUGAACGCGCCUUUGAAAUUGAAUAUAAUGCCAAGUCUACGUGCCUGUGAUGUUUUAAUGCCAAGUACAUGUUAUAUGAAAUGUUGUUUAAGAAGCUCAGUGGAGAGCAAAUACCCCAGUGUCAUUUGGAGCAAAGUCAUGGACUGUCUGCCUGGAUUGUGUAAAUUUGUAAGACUGUCAUGUACUGACAGGGACUGAUGACACUAGGCCUUUAGCAGGAUAUCUACAUUCACACACACGCAGGCCUUUUUAUAGUUGUGAGGACACUCGUUGAUCACAUUGCCUACCCGCUCUCCCAACCGAACUCUUGUCAUGUUCUAAAUCCAAUUUUAACCGCAUCAUUAUCAUCCAGUGUGAACCCUCGAAGAGACCUUUGAGGCUCUGGAUCCUCACGAUGCAGAAGUUCCCUCACUGUGAUGUAGAAUUUUUUUUUUUUAAUCCUCAUAAACACAGAAAUACACGGAUGAGGAAACACAUGUGUACAGAAUUACGAAAUAUAAAUAAUGCACCUUGUGUGUAUUUAGUUUUAAUUGUACAAAAAUGCCUUUUAUAUUGUUUAACCGAUCACAAAGCAUCUCAAGUAAGGCUUGAAGCACUUUAAGAAAAGUUCUAGCAAAUUACCGUCCAAACAGCAGUAGAGUAAAAACUGUAGUGACAGAAUCCCGGGAUUUUUUUGUGCCUUCUUCAUUUUGUUACAUCAUUAGUGUCUAUCUACUUUUUAAAACAAGAUCUCACAAGGCUUAAUUAAGUACUGCCUGAUUUGUUUAACCCACCCACUAGCUGGUUAGAGCGUCAACAGUGGGCUGAGAGGAUAUUUCUGGGGUGCAAUAACAGAGUCAGAAAAAAAAUGUUUAAAGGAGAAAAAUGCAAUAAUGUGCUGGAGGUUUUAUGUGCCUUUUUAAUGUUUAAGAAUGAAUGUCAUCAAAAUGGAAUUCAUUAUUGAUCAACUUACUGUAUGUUAGUGGGAAAUUGGGGGAAUUUUAUUAAAAUG